GUGCGUCAGGGGCCGCCCACUGCCCCCCAACCUUGGAGAGCCCCCUCCCGGGCCUGUUUUCCUCUCUCAAACGGAGAUAACCAGGAUAAGGCUGUAGAUUGAGUGAUCACUAGGCAACAGCUUAGUAAAGGGCCCAGCACGUAGUAGGAUCUCAAGCAAGGUGCCUGCGUCUGAUGGCUGCGGAGCAGAGAGCCGGCGCAGCGCGGAGACUCGCCCAAGGUCACACAGCUGGGGCUGUAGAUCCGACCCGGGCGGCCUGGCUCCAGCGGGCUGGGAUUGUCUGGAGCCAGCUUGCCGGAAAGGUGUUUGGAGGAGCGGACGCGGACGUGGGCGGGAAGGGACUUCUAUUUUGGAGCGGGUGAGAGGAGCGCGGGACACGGAGGGGGCUGGAUCCCUCCCCCGGCUCCCUGCGCCCCAGUCACCUUCCCGCGACCCUUCCCGGGAGGAGCGUCCCGGGCGGGUAGGGGGGAGGUGGGGAGGGGCGGGCCGGCGGUUACCUCAUCGCCGCCUCCGGGAAGCUCCGCUCGCUCGCUCGCUCGCUCGCGCCGCUGGCUGGGGCGGCGACUCAGGGCGCCGGAGCGACAGAAGGACGGGGGGACGGAAGCACCGAGGGGCAGCGCCGCCCCCGCGCCCCGAUCCGCUGCGGGACCCGCGCGGCCAGAAGGUCGGACCUCGGUGCUCGCGCUGCCGGCGGCGCCUCCAGCCGCGCUGCGGGGCGGAGGCGGUGUCUGCUCGGCGCGCGGGGUCUGUUCUCUCCCGAGCUUCGGCACCUGCCGGAGCUGCUCGCGCGUCCUCCGUCGGCCUGCUCGGCUGUCUGUCUGCCCUCCGACCACCGCCCGCUCAGUCCUCUGGCCCGGCCUCUCCCGGCCCAGGGUGCUCCGGGCGGCGAUGAGGAGCGCGGGGCCAGAGCGCACCGGGCAGGGCACGCGGGGCUCACGGCGCGCCGCUGGCCCAUGAGGCUUUCCAGCGCUGGGCGCGGCAGGGCGCGCGGGCCAUGGGGGGCAGCCUGCGGGUGGCCGUGCUGGGCGCCCCGGGCGUGGGCAAGACGGCCAUCAUCCGCCAGUUCCUGUUCGGUGACUAUCCCGAACGCCACCGGCCCACGGACGGGCCACGCCUCUACCGGCCCGCGGUGCUGCUCGACGGCGCGGUCUACGACCUGAGCAUCCGCGACGGCGACGGCGCUCGUCCGGGUCAGAACCCCGGGGGUCCAGAGCAAUUUGUGCGAAGUCCAGGACAGACUUUGAAUUCUUGGAGCUGGAUGCCUCCGAGAGGUGAAGAGGAAAGAGCAUGCAGAAUUAAGCAGGGCUUCCUGGAAGGGGAGUGGCCAGACCCCAAGGACUGGAGCUUGCAGGACACGGACGCCUUCGUGCUCGUCUAUGACAUCUGCAGCCCGGACAGUUUCGACUACGUGAAGGCGCUUCGGCAGCGCAUCUCGGAGACCAGGCCGGCGGGCGCACCCGAGGCUCCCAUCCUCGUGGUAGGCAACAAGCGGGACCGGCAGCGGCUGCGCUUCGGGCCUCGGCGCGCUCUGGCCGCCCUGGUGCGCAGGGGCUGGCGCUGCGGCUACCUCGAGUGCUCCGCCAAGUACAAUUGGCACGUGCUGCGUCUUUUCCGCGAGCUGCUGCGUUGCGCUUUGGUGCGCGCGCGCCCUGCGCACCCGGCCCUGCGCCUGCAGGGGGCGCUGCACCCGGCGCGCUGCAGCCUCAUGUGACUGAACUGGACGACGACGCCGAUGGUGGGGGGAGGGUGGUUUGAUUGGAACAACCGGGUACCUGGAUUGGACGAAAUUGCCCAACUUCUCUCGGAUUGGACAGGACAAAGUCUCCUCCCUGAUUGGAUGAGGAAACCUCCCAGUCAGUCUCCUGGGCGACAGGACUCUCUUUGAGCCUCAUUGGACCUAGCCAGGCCCCAGGCUACAUUGGGCUCAAGCAGUCCUUUCUGGGGCCUCCUCAUUGGGUUACAAUCCCAUUGGACUUGGUUAUUCUGAUUGGAAGCUCUCAGGUUGCUCCUGCGGCUUCACUGGACAAACUCUUAAGUCACACCUCUCGGGAGGUAAUAAAGGGGAAAACAAUGCAA